UUUUGACAUCGUAGCAACAACUCUUUCGCUCACGUCAGGGAGUAAAUAAUAAUACAAACAACUGUUCCGGCACUUAAUCGUGUCUCAAUACAAAUAUGGAUAAUUAAAGAACCAAGGAAUUAUCCAGCCAUGGAUACUGAAGCUUUAAUUAAUGAAAAGUUACUCGCUUGGGAUAGAGAAGUUGAUCCUUUGGCUCCUCUUUCAGAUAAACAAUUAAAAGUUCUACAAUUAUUAUCCGAUUUACCAAAUGAGAGACCUUUUCCUACAGACCUUCCAGUAGAUGAUGAUAUAGUUCUUUACCGUGAAGAUCCUUCAAAAGAGCCGAGUGAAGGACUAAAUUUGCUAAAUUUCAACCCUGAUGCCGAAAAAAAAUACUCAAAAAUUGAAAAUGCUCAACAGUUUUUGUCCUGGUUUACAUCUGUGGAGGAACAGCUUGUAGAAGAUGAAGAUAUUUUAUAUAAAGCCUAUAUUGAAGAAUUAUCAAAGCACUGUGAUCAAUAUUCUCAACUUUUCAAUAACAUUUGUAAAGCCUUAGAGUCUUUGGAAGUGCUUCGUGAAAAGUAUGCUUUUGUUUCAAAUAAAACCAAUUCCUUACAUGAAGCAUGUGAAGAUCUCCUAGCUCAACAGACUAAGCUUGUUGGUUCAGCUGAAACAAUUUCUGAGAAAUUAGGUUAUUUUAAUGAGCUGGAGUCUCUUUCACAAAAAAUUGCAUCUCCAACUUUGUCCGUUGUUAGUGAAUCCUUCAUGCCAUUGUUGUCUCGUUUAGAUGAAUGUAUAGCUUAUGUUGAAGAAAAUAUAAAUUUUAAAGAAUCUCCUGCAUACCUUUCGAGAUUUCGUCACUUGCAGAGUCAGGCUUUGGGUAUGAUUCGAUCCUAUGUUGUUGCAACUUUACAGCAAGCUACUCAACAGGUUCUUCCUAGGAGGGAUAGUUUAUCUCCUUCUGAAAAUGCUUUCACUUUAUAUUAUGGAAAAUUUCGCUCCCAUGCUCCCAGGAUACAUGCCCUAAUGAAACAGAUUGAAGAAAGAGUCGAGAAAAAUCCUGAUUAUCAAGUCUUAUUAUCUGAUUGUCACCAGUGUUAUUUCAGUCAGAGGGAAAUUCUGUUAGGACCUAGUGUAACUGCUGCUAUCAACGACCUUGCAGAAAAACAUAAAAAAGAUCAUUGUUCUUUAGUUCGCAGUGGUUGUGCUUUUCUCCUUCAUAUAUGUGAAGACGAGCAUCAACUUUUUCAUCAGUUCUUUUCUCAAAAUACUAAAAGUUUAGAAGAGUUCCUUGAAGGUUUAUGCAUUCGCUUAUACGAUGUUUUAAGGCCGAUUAUUAUUCAUAUAAACCAUCUAGAAACCUUAGCGGAGUUAUGUGGUAUUCUUAAAGUUGAAAUGUUGGAAGAACAUAUGCAGUAUGGAGCCAAUGAACUUGAAGCUGUGAAAGCUAUAGUUCGCCAGAUGCUGGAAGAUGUCCAAGAACGCUUAGUGUACAGAACUCAUAUCUAUAUAAAAACAGACAUCUUGAACUAUAAUCCUAGUCCUGGGGAUUUAGCAUAUCCUGAUAAGCUAGAAAUGAUGGAGAGUAUAGCUGAAAGUUUAUCAGCUGGAGGAUUAAGUAGAGCUAGUUCACGAGCUUCACUCACAUCUGUCAGUUCUUCCAGUAAUGCUAUUAUAACUGCAUGCGAGAAAGGAGUUGAAAAAUCUGAUAAAGAUUUAGAUGGUGAAGGAUCAGUCAAAGAUUUUGAUGCUUAUGAGCCCCCAAGAAGACCUAUUACUUAUUCUCCUGCAGAUUUACAUGGAAUGUGGUAUCCUACUGUGCGGAGAACUUUAGUGUGCCUUUCAAAACUGUAUCGUUGUUUGGAUAAAACAAUAUUCCAAGGAUUAUCACAAGAAGUUUUAACAAUGUGCAUACAAUCGCUGUCCACUGCUAGUGCAAGUAUAAGCAAAAAAAAGACACUACUGGAUGGACAACUUUUUGAAAUAAAGCAUCUUUUAAUAUUAAGAGAACAAAUUGCACCUUUUCAAAUUGAUUUUGCUAUAAAAGAGACCACUUUAGACUUCAGUAAAGUUAAAGUUGCAGCAUAUGGAUUACUUCAAAACAGAACAAACUUACUUUCAUUCAAUUCCAAUAAUGCUCUUUUAGAAUUUUUGCUUCAGGGUACACCACAUGUGACAGAACAUCUAAUCGAUUCUAAAAAGGCAGUAGAUAAGCAGCUAAAGAUAGUUUGUGAAGACUUCAUAUCUCAUACAACUACAUUUCUUAUAGGAUCUUUACAAGAAUUUCUUGAAAAAGCAAAAGUCAUCACUCAAAUGCAAAGUUCAGGAUCUCAAGAUAUUAAUCUUAGCCAGCAACCAUUUGCAUCAGCUGAAAAUUUAUCGCGGCUUAUUGCUGAUAAUGUCCGCAACCUGAAAACUAAACUACCAACUCUUCAGAGAAGCAUGUCUUUAUAUUUAGCUAAUCCAGAUACUGAAUACAUUUUAUUACGUCCUGUAAAGACACAAGUUCAGAGUUGCUUUGAACAACUUCUACAAAUUAUCAGAGUAAAUUACUCUGAAGAAGAACAAGUGAUAAUUGCCUGUCCAUCCCUAGAACAGCUUACCAUUAUGUUAUCACCAAGUGUUACAAGAUGAAAAGAUACAGGAUUAAGUUACUUCAUCACCCUUACCAAAGAUAACAUUCAAGUAUUAUUAUUUAUUGCUAUAAUGGGUCACAGAGGGGUUAUCUUUUUGUGUUUUUAAGGGGAUAGUAAUUUUGAUAUAUGUUACUCACAGAGUCUAGUAAAUGGAUUUAUGUUAAUUGCAUUAUUUAAAUAUUACUACAAUUUUCCUCUGUUUAAACUAGAAAUAUCCAUUCUAUUAGCCUAUUAUAUUCAACACUUUGAUGAAAACAAUAUUUUGAUUUUCUUCUUAAAAUUUAUUAAAAAUCUGUAUACGAGAUUUUUGUAAAGCAUGAAAUGAA